UUUUAGAAAAAUAACGUCACAUAUUUUCGUUUUUGGACAGAGUGGACUUACAACGGUUUCAGUUCUAAAGUGUUUUUGAGCAUCUAUAAAGAUCUGCUAUAAGUUGACACUUAUUCUGCAAGACGGGUUCGUACGUUGCACAACGGUUACUGCUGCGGUGCAGCUUCCAGAAAGUCGAAACGUCGGACUUGGGAUACCCUAUGCUCUUUCAACUACUGUUUGCAAUUACGCGCCUGGGCAGGUCCCCGAGAAAAAAAGUGUUCUUCGGUUCACCGUAAAUGUAAAUGUAAAUAUUUGUGAUUAAGUGAUUAAAAAUACUUUAGAUUUUUGUGUGUUGUGUACUAUAGACAGUUUUAUUUGAAGCAGUGUAUAAAAAAGUCUGUGAUAAUGAAUAGUGCGAGAAAGAACAAUUUGAAGAAGUUCUCCUUCAUUGGACUUCCGAACUCUCUAAAGAAUGAUGGAGGUCGUAGAAAUAGCGAAGACGCACAACUCGAUGAAGAAUGCGAGAAAGUGUUUGCCAUGGAUAAUGAUUCCAUCGGCUUUGAUUUCCACGAUCCUCCUUUUACUGGACAACCUAAAUUUGGUGAAAAAGAUUACAGUGAACAUCGACAGGACUACCGACAUAUGUAUUCGCCCCUUAAACUCAGCUCAAAGUCGAUGAAACGCCGCAUUUCCCAGCCAACGUCUCCGGCCGUAUCCGACCUAGGAACCCCUAGGGGCUCCAUUACCGAAUCACCCACUUUGGAAUUUAAACAACCCAAUACAGCCAAUAAUACAGAGCCUAAACAAAUUGGUUGGGUUGCACCAUAUCAGAAGGGUGAUCUGGAUACACCAAAAAGUUCCAUCACAGAUUCACCAACUGCCCCGAUAGCAGAGCCUGAGAAGUUUGGUAAUGGUAGUUUACUACAAAAAGGGUCGGACUCAGAAUCAGAAUGCGUUUUAUCCGAUCCCUGUAGCUACCUUAGCCCAGAACACGAUGAGGAAGAAGAAUUACCCGAGAAGAAAGUAUCGUUUUUGCACACCGAAAACGAUGACUUUGACGUGGACGGGCUCAAAGAAAAAAAGAAACGCCGGCCUUACCAUCAUAUCCACCACCAUGGCCAUCGAUCCAAGUUCCGAAAAUACUCCUUGCCAACAGACACGAAACAUCUCCACAAAGGGCAUUCCGAAUCUUUGUUAAAUAAGCCGUUAAGAGUAUCUACUCAACCAGAGGAUCAAGAUUUACCACCGAAUGAUAAGGAUCAGUUAGACAGUCACAGAUCUGAUGAUCCUCGAGCUCUCAGAAGACCCAAAGCCGACAGAGGGACCCUUAUGCAUGUUGGAAAGGGAUCUGAACUACACUCAUGUUUUAAGAAACUAUACGAUCACAGCCCACAUGCGAUAUUCGUCGAGUUAGCCGAAUAUUCCCAAGGAGAAUGCGCCGAAGAAAGAGAAUGGAAGCAAACAGCUCGUUGGAUCAAGUAUGAAGAGGAUGUAGAGGAAGGUGUUGACAGAUGGGGAAAGCCCCAUGUAGCCUCGCUAAGUUUUCACUCGUUGCUCAAUUUAAGAAGGUGUUUGGAAGAUGGUUUAGUUCGGUUGGAUAUGGAAGAAAGAGAUUUACCGGGGAUUGCUUACAGAAUAUCAGAAGAUUUAUACAAGGAAGAUUUGAUAAAAGAAGAGGAUAAAGCCAGAAUCAUGAGAACUAUUCUACUUCGUCACAGGCACGUCAACGAACAUCAAAGUUCAGGAUUCAGGUUCGCCAGGAAACACAGUUACACCUCAUUACAAAAUUUAUCCGAAGCAGAAAAGCGAAAAGUAAGUUUCUCCAUAGACGGCUCGAUAAAAAAUGGGGAUCCAUCCCACGAUGCGUUAUUGAAGUCUAACGAUAAGCAGCAGACAAUUAUAGAUAUGAAAGACGAUGCAUAUCCCUUUAACACUAGCAAUGAUGAUAUCAGGAAGGCUCAUAAUGACGCUAUACUCAAGAAGAUCCCUAUCGGCGCUCAAGGGUCCACUGUUCUUGUUGGUGAGGUGGAUUUUCUGGAACAGCCUGCGAUUGCUUUUAUCCGGUUGGCAGAGGGAGUCGUUAUUCCUUCGUUGAUUGAAGUUGACAUUCCAGUUAGAUUCAUAUUUCUCCUACUGGGUCCCAAACUGCCAAACAUCGAUUACCACGAAGUCGGUCGAUCCAUAUCAACCUUAAUGGCCAAUCAGCAAUUCCACAAUAUAGCUUAUAAAGCGGAAAAUAGAAAAGAAUUAUUAUCAGCAAUAAACGAAUUCCUAGACGACAGUAUUGUGUUGCCUCCCGGCGACUGGGAGCGACAAGCUUUGCUGCCUAUCGAAGAGAUCAAGGCCAAAAGUGAAGCAAUCAAGAGACGGAAGGAAAACGCGUUAAGGAAGGCUCAAGAAGCUCAAGGGAUUAUAGUGAAGCCUUUGUUGUCUCAAGAUGGCGAUAAAAAGCCCCCGUUUGACGACCCCUUGGAGCGCACCUGUCGUCCGUGGGGAGGCCUAAUCAGAGACUUAAAGCGUCGUUACCCGUUCUACAAAAGCGACAUCGUCGACGGUCUAAACUCUCAAUGCGUGGCAGCGGCCAUCUUCAUGUACUUCGCCGCCGUAUCAGGUGCUAUAGCGUUUGGCGGCCUCACGGGUGACAAAACGGAAAAUCUUAUCGGCAUAUCAGAAACCCUUUUAUGCACCAGCAUCGGAGGGAUAAUUUUCGCUCUCACCUCAGCUCAGCCUAUUCUUAUAGUCGGCACGACAGGAGCUCUCUUACUCUUUGAUGAAAGUUUGUUCGAAUUUUGUAAAUCCAUGAACAUUCCAUUUUUACCGACGAGGGUAUUUAUCGGACUUUGGCUAGGAGUUAUCGGCGUGCUAAUAGCAUCUUUCGAAGGCAGCGUUUUGGUAAAAUUAUUUACUAGAUUUACAGAAGACAUUUUCUCAACGCUCAUAGUAUUACUAUAUAUAAUGGAAAGUAUGAUGAACCUAUUCGCCGCAUACACUAAACAUCCUUUAUUACCUGAUUAUUGUAUGAACGCGGUAACUUUUCCAUUGGGGCAAAACGAUACGUUCAUCGGUGAUAAUAGCACUGACGUCAGUGUGCACGUGGUUAAAAUUCCAACGACAGAUGAUCACGGAAAACCCAUAAAUCAACCAAAUACGGCCUUGUUUUGUACUGUACUGACGAUAGGAACUUUCGCAAUAGCUUAUUACUUGAGAAUGUUUAGAAACAGUCAAUUCUUAGGACGAAGUGCUAGAAGAGCUCUGGGCGACUUCGGUGUACCAAUAGCAAUAGUUAUAAUGGUCAGCGUCGACUACGUGAUCCCUGCAACGUAUACGGAGAAACUCAACGUACCUUUAGGUGGGUUGAAGCCUUCAAGUGCUGAUCAGAGAGGAUGGUUUAUACCUCCAACCGGUAUUCCUGUUUGGAUAAUGUUCGCGUCCAUAGUUCCUGCUAUGUUGGUUUACAUUUUGCUUUUUAUGGAAACACAAAUUUCUGAAUUGAUCAUCAGCAAGCCGGAGAGAAAGUUGAAGAAAGGUACCGGCCUACACUUAGACAUCGUUAUCAUCUGUCUUAUCAAUAUCCUCUGCGGCUUCCUAGGCUUUCCCUGGAUGUGCGUAGCAGCUGUCCGAUCGAUCGUCCAUACUUCAGCUUUGACAGUCAUGUCCAGAACGCAUGCUCCUGGAGAAAAGCCACACUUGAUAGAAGUAAAGGAACAGAGAAUGUCUGCACUGUUUGUUGCUCUGUUCAUAGGUUUGUCUGUUUUUAUGUCAUCUCUUUUGCAACUGGUACCAAUGGCUGUGGUUUUGGGUAUUUUUUUGUAUAUGGGCGUGGCCUCCAUCGAUGGUAUACAGUUCAUCGACAGGACGAAGCUGCUCUUCAUGCCGGUGAAGCAUCAUCCGCAAGCUAGUUACGUUAGGAAGGUCAGAACUAUGAAGAUGCAUCUGUUCACGCUUAUCCAACUAGCGUGUUUAGUAAUUUUAUGGAUCGUUAAGUCUACAAGAGCCUCGUUAGGUUUUCCAUUCUUCUUGGUUCUUUUGGUGCCACUAAGAGCGCAACUUCCUCGGUUAUUUUCACAGAGGGAACUAAGAGCGCUUGACGGCGACCAAGCAGACGUAGACGAUGAAGAACCUGAUUUCUAUGCAGAGGCACCGCUUCCUGGUUAAAACCAGCACCAAUAAUGAUAAAUCAAAUGUCGAGGUCAAAAAACUAUUGUAAUUUAAUACUAUAUGAGUACUUACUUUUUCUUGAUAGUGGAUCUAAUGUCAAAAGGUAACUUAUUUAUACUUAUAACAACUAUAAGCUAUAAAAUUGUAAUAUAUGCAUCGUUGCAUAGCGUUUAAAAAUAUUUUAUGAGUUUUAUUCAAGGGUGUAGCAAAACAAAACAUUUUUACUGAUAGAAAAAUUGUCAAAUACAGUUAACAAAUAAUUACCGGUUUUCUUAAUAGAUUAUAUUAUUCAUGAAUGAUAUUUAAAAUUUGUUUAAUAGAAUAAAAAUAUAUAAUUUUUGUUGUUUAAGAUCAUAAUAUGUAA